AAUAAACGCAUGCGCUGCCAAACUGCGCGGAUGAAUUUUUGAUUUUUAUUUUGUUUUGUGUUUAAUGAGAAUUUUUUGAUGAGUGUAAUUGUUUAUAAUUUAAUAAACAAAAACAACAGUUACAGCUAAGCAGCGGUUGCACUGACAAUAAAAGGGUGCGUGCGAUUCAAAACAACAAAAUUGAAAUUGAAAACAAAAAUGUGCUAAUCAUAAAGUGGUUCAUGCCCGAAUAUCCUUUUCUUCAUUUUUUUUUUCAAACGAAUGAAAAACCACAAAUUGGAAUAAAAUACAAAUAUUUUUAAAUAAGUGCUGUUGCAAAAUAGUUUACACUUUUAGUGAAAAGAGUGACAAAACAAAAACAGGAUACGAUUUUGAUUAUUUCCCAAGUCUCAAGUGUGUUCUUUCCUCGCUCCGGGGUGAAGAAAAGUAAACGAAACAAAUAAAAUAACGAUUUCUUCGGAGAAAUAAUAAAAAAUUCGGGAUUUUAAAAUUUUAAAUGUCGUCCGUGUGUUGGCCUCGUUGAAAGAAGAAAAUCUUUUGAAUUUUUGUUUUUAUUCAAUUCACUUCCCAAAUGAAUUGGAUUGUGAUUAAUUUUUAUGUUUUCCUGCUUAAAUGUGAAUGUUUUACAAAAAGAAAAUAAAACAGAAGCCCGAGUUAAAAAAAACUCAGCGCGCGGAAGUGACCCCAUCGCGAACGACCGCGACGACGACGAAUUCAACGUAAAAACUCUGGAUUUGGAUUACAAUGUGGUUACUGGCCGGGAAUACAGCAAAAUCGGAUAAAUUUUGGAUUAAAAUCAUUUUACUUACAUUUUUCUUAAUUGGGAUUAUUUGUAGGGUUGAAGGUACGGUGUCAUGCUUUCCUUCCUGCAAAAACGGUGCCACCUGCGUUCAACAACUAAACGGACAACCAUAUUGCAACUGCUCAACACGAUACGUAGGUGAUUCUUGCGAAUAUGCAAAUCCCUGCCACACAGGACGAUGCCAAAAUGGCGGUACAUGCAAGGUGACAUUUCGCGAUGGAACACCGCGAUUUGCAUGUCACUGUCCCAUCGGAUUCACGGAGUCCUUGUGUGAGAUACCGGUGCAGAAUGCAUGCGAUUCUUCGCCGUGCCUCAACAGCGGUACAUGCAACCUAAAAUCCCUGACAGAAUACACGUGCUCGUGCUCCAAUGGCUAUACAGGCAAGUUAUGCGAAAAACAAAACCUUUGCGCAUCAUCACCGUGUAGAAAUGGCGGAACUUGCAGCUCACUUCCUGGUGGAAAUUUCAAAUGCAGUUGCCCGAAAGGAUUCAAAGGCUUGGUGUGUUCUGAAGAUGUCGAGGAGUGUCAAACGAAUCCCUGCAAACAUGGCGGUAGCUGUGUUAACACACAUGGAUCAUAUCAAUGCAUGUGCGCACCAGGAUACACUGGAAAGAAUUGCGAAUCAAAGUACAUUCCUUGCUCACCGUCACCAUGCCAAAAUGGUGGAACGUGUCGUCAGUCAAGCGGACUCAACUACGAGUGCAAGUGUCCAGUUGGAUUUCGAGGGAAGAACUGCGAAGAGAACAUCGAUGAUUGCCCUGGAAAUCUUUGUCAAAACGGAGGAACUUGCAUUGACAAAGUUGACUCUUACCGUUGCAAGUGUCCACCUAACUACACCGGCGAACUAUGUGAAGCUGAUGUUGAUGAAUGUGCUUUACGACCUUCGGUAUGUCAGAACGGUGCGACAUGCACAAACACCAUCGGCAGCUAUUCGUGCAUCUGUGUAAAUGGCUGGGAAGGACCGGACUGCUCGCAGAAUCACGACGAUUGUGCGGUAGCAGCUUGUUUCGAUGGUGCUACUUGCAUUGAUGGAGUAGGUAGUUUCCACUGUCGAUGUCCACCUGGAAAAACAGGACUUCUGUGCCAUCUCGACGAUACCUGCACAUCCAAUCCGUGCCAUCCUGAUGCAAUGUGCGACACGAGUCCGAUAAAUGGGUCAUUUACGUGUUCCUGUGCAUCGGGCUUUAAGGGAAUCGACUGUUCGGAGGACAUCAACGAAUGUAAUCAAGGCGAACCGUGUGAACAUAAUGGAAACUGUGUCAACACGCCAGGAUCCUUCACAUGCAAAUGUACGCAAGGCUUCACGGGGCCACGUUGCGAAACGAACAUAAACGAAUGCGAAUCUCAUCCCUGCCAGAACGAGGGAAGUUGUCUGGACGAUCCUGGCACUUUUCGCUGUGUUUGCAUGCCUGGUUUUACCGGCACUCAAUGUGAAAUCGACAUUGACGAGUGCCAGUCGAAUCCUUGCCUCAACGAAGGAACUUGUCGUGAUAUGAUAAAUGGCUUCAAAUGUACCUGUGCAUUGGGCUUCACCGGAUCACGCUGCCAAAUCAACAUCGACGACUGUUAUUCACAACCGUGCCGUAACCGAGGAAUAUGCCAUGACUCCAUAGCGGGGUACACUUGCGAGUGCCCACCAGGCUACACAGGGCUCUCGUGCGAAAUUAACAUCAACGAUUGUCAAUCGAACCCAUGCCACCGAGGAAAGUGCAUAGACGGGGACAACUCAUUCACUUGCCACUGUGACUCGGGCUACACCGGCUAUCUAUGUCAAACACAAAUAGACGAAUGUGAAUCGAAUCCGUGUCAAUUCGGUGGACAUUGUGAGGAUCUUGUCGGAACUUACGUGUGCCACUGUCUGCCAGGAACAUCAGGACAGAAUUGCGAAAUCAACGUGAAUGAGUGCCACAGUAAUCCGUGCAACAAUGGGGCGACAUGUAUCGAUGGAAUAAACAAGUACACCUGCAAAUGUGUCCCAGGAUACACUGGAAUCCAUUGCGAAGUCAACAUCAAUGAAUGUGCCUCGAACCCGUGUGCCAAUGGCGGUGUUUGCAUGGAUCUUGUGAACGGAUUCAAGUGCGAAUGUCCACGCGGAUACUUUGAUGCCCGUUGCCUGAGUGAUGUAGAUGAGUGUGCUUCGAAUCCUUGCAUAAAUGGUGGUCGCUGUGAAGAUGGAGUGAACCAGUUCAUUUGCCAUUGUCUUCCCGGAUACGGUGGAAAGCGCUGCGAAGUGGAUAUUGACGAAUGUGGCUCGAAUCCUUGCCAACACGGCGGUAUCUGCCGUGACGCUUUAAACUCCUACAGUUGCCAAUGCAUGCCGGGCUACACCGGCCGGAGUUGUGAGACCAACAUUGACGAUUGCAUCAACAAUCCGUGCGCGAACGGUGGGACAUGCAUUGAUCUCGUCAAGGGAUACAAAUGUGUGUGCAAAGUGCCAUUCACAGGACGUGACUGUGAGUCAAAGUUGGACCCUUGCUCUACGAAUCGCUGUCGAAACGAUGCCAUAUGUACUCCAAGUUCUAAUUUCCUGGACUUUUCAUGUCAAUGCAUUCAAGCUUACACUGGGCGCUAUUGUGACGAGGACAUCAACGAGUGCCAAUUGUCAUCACCUUGUCGAAAUGGAGCUACUUGCUUGAAUGUCCCUGGUUCCUACAAAUGUUUGUGUGCCAAGGGCUAUGAAGGCAGAGACUGUACAGUCAACACAGAUGAUUGUGCUUCGUUCCCCUGUCAGAAUGGUGGAACUUGCCUGGACGGCAUCGGAGAUUACACUUGCCUCUGCGUGGAUGGCUUCGAAGGAAAACAUUGUGAGGCCGAUAUCAACGAAUGUCUGAGCAUGCCGUGCCAGAAUGGAGCAACCUGCAAUCAAUAUGUUAACUCUUACACCUGUACCUGCAGACUCGGUUUCUCCGGCAUAGAUUGCCAAACAAACGAUGAAGACUGCACGGAGAGUUCGUGUAUGAAUGGCGGCACUUGUCUGGACGGAAUAAAUAGCUACAACUGCUCAUGCCUUCCCGGAUUCACCGGUUCUAACUGCCAAUACAAAAUCAACAAAUGUGACUCGAUGCCAUGUUUGAACGGAGCGACAUGUCAUGAAAAUGGCAACGAUUAUACCUGCCACUGUUCAUACGGCUAUACCGGGAAGCAGUGCACCGACUACGUUGACUGGUGUGGUCAGAACUCUUGCGAGAACGGCGCCUCUUGCGUGCAAAGGAAGAACUUGUACCAGUGCAUUUGUGCUGCGGGAUGGACCGGGAAACUCUGUGAUGUACAGAUGGUGUCAUGCAAGGACGCUGCCUUGAGGAAAAACGUCAAAGUGAGCGAACUGUGUAACAAUGGGAGUUGCGAGAACUUUGGAAAUUCCCAUCGCUGCUAUUGUCAACAAGGCUACACCGGGUCGUAUUGCCAGAAAGAGAUCAACGAAUGUGAGUCGCAGCCAUGUCAGAACGGAGGCACUUGUCAUGAUUUGAUCGGAGCAUACGAAUGCAGUUGUCGCAAAGGCUUUCAAGGUCAAAAUUGUGAGCUCAAUGUAGACGACUGCAGCCCAAAUCCUUGUCAAAAUGGAGGAACUUGCCAUGACUUGGUGCACGACUUCAGAUGCUCUUGUCCACCCGGAACGUUGGGAAUAAUUUGUGAGAUCAAUCAAGACGAUUGCGUACAAGGAGCUUGCCAUAACAACGGAUCGUGUAUUGAUCGAGUUGGAGGUUUUGAGUGUGCUUGUCCACCUGGAUUUGUUGGCUCCCGCUGUGAAGGCGACAUCAAUGAAUGUUUGUCCAAUCCGUGCUCAAAUGCGGGUACCUUGGACUGUGUUCAGUUGGUGAACAAUUACCACUGCAACUGCAAACCAGGACACAUGGGACGGCACUGUGAGACAAAAGUGGACUUCUGUGCUAAUUCACCUUGCCAGAACGGUGGUAUCUGUUCCAAGAGACAAACUGGACACCAUUGCGUUUGUACUGAGGGCUUUUAUGGCCCGAACUGUGAGUUCUCUGGACACGAUUGUGACUCGAAUCCCUGUGGAGCGGGACGCUGCGCCAUUGAUGACGAUAAGGGUGGCUACAGCUGUGAGUGUCCCAAAGGUACAAUGGGAAUCAACUGCCAAAUCGAUAUCUUGGACGAAUGCAAACCAAAUCCGUGUCAACAAGGAGCAGGCUGUGAAGAUUUACUUGGCGACUUCGCGUGCUUUUGCCCCAUGAAGUGGUCGGGUAAAACAUGCGAUACCUAUGACCCUAGCUACCCAGGAUGGACGGCAGACAAUAAUCGUGUCGGCUUGAGGAAAUACACCGAAGACUUAGAACUCCAGAAAAAGCUAUGCACUAAGCGUGGUUGCGAGCAGAAGAAGGGCAAUCAUGUUUGUGAUCCCGAUUGUAAUACGUAUGCUUGCAACUUUGACGGAAACGACUGCUCGCUCGGAAUCAAUCCCUGGAUUAACUGCACUGCGAAUAUCGAGUGCUGGCGGGUAUUCAUGGACGGUACCUGCAACGAAGAGUGCAACAACGCGCAAUGUUUAUUCGAUGGACGGGACUGUGAACGAAAGUUGCAACCUUGUAACCCCGUUUACGAUGCCUAUUGUCAGAAGCACUACGCCAACGGUUUCUGUGACUAUGGAUGCAAUAAUGCAGAAUGCAACUGGGACGGCUUGGACUGCGAAAACAACACACAACCCCCGAAUAUCGCAGAUGGCGCCAUAUCGAUUGUGCUGCUGAUGGACAUCAAAACAUUCACCGAGGGUGCCGUUGAAUUCCUGCGAGACAUGGGGCAUGUUCUACGAACGACUCUGCGUAUCAAAAAGGACAGUUUGAAUAGAGAAAUGAUUUAUCCCUGGAAAUUCAAGUCGGAAAUUGAAGGCCUACAAAACACCGCUUUGGGCCGGAAGCACCAUGUCAUUCAGACCGAAAGCAGAUCCCAGGGUGGAACCCAAGUCUAUUUGGAAAUCGAUAAUCGAAAGUGUGACGAAUGUUUUGGCAAGGCUGCAGAAGCGGCAGAGUUUUUGGCUGCAACAGCAUCUAAACACUCCCUAUCCCAGAAGUUCCCCAUUUUCAAGGUCCAAGGUGUGAACAAUCCGGGUGAUGAGAUCAUGGACAGUCCGACAAAUGUACGAUACGUUACACUGGGAAUAAUAUUGGUGGUCCUUUCAUUUGCCCUAUUUGGAGUUCUCGUAACGACUCAAAGAAAGCGUGCUCAUGGUGUAACAUGGUUCCCAGAAGGUUUCCGAACACCAGCAACUGGUCUAAGACGCCACACUCGUCGUAGAGGACCUGACGGACAAGAAAUGAGGAAUUUGAAUAAAAAUCCAUCGCUGGUUUGUAUGAGCAACGAUGUAAACAUGAACCAAGGCAAUCACAUGGGUCAUAUGGGACAUUCCCAACAGUGGUCGGACGAUGAGUCAGAAAUGCCACAGCCAAAGAGACUGCGUUGUGAGCAAGGCUACUCGAGUGAUCACACAGUCGUGACGGACUAUGAGGAAGCUGAUUCGCGUGUCUGGUCACAACAGCAUCUUGAAGUUGCGGAUGUCCGGCCUUCGAUCAUGACACCUCCUGCCCAUCAGGACGGAAAACAUGUCGACAUUGACGUCCGUGGCCCGUGUGGAAUGACACCAUUGAUGGUUGCUGCAGUCCGAGGAGGAGGUAUCGACUCUGGCGAAGAUAUAGACACAGGCGAUGAUACAACAGCACAGGUCAUAUCCGACCUGUUGGCACAAGGAGCUGAACUCAAUGCGACUAUGGACAAAACGGGAGAGACUUCGUUGCAUCUGGCUGCGCGGUAUGCGAGAGCAGAUGCAGCAAAACGACUUUUGGAUGCUGGAGCUGACGCUAAUUGCCAAGACAACACCGGUCGGACACCAUUGCACGCUGCAGUUGCUGCAGACGCAAUGGGAGUCUUCCAGAUUUUGCUAAGAAACAGGGCAACAAAUCUGAACGCCCGAAUGCACGACGGCACAACACCACUUAUUCUGGCCGCCAGACUCGCCAUCGAAGGCAUGGUUGAAGAUUUGAUCACAGCCGAUGCAGACAUCAAUGCGGCGGACAAUUCGGGAAAAACGGCCCUACACUGGGCUGCAGCUGUAAACAACACCGAAGCUGUGAAUAUUCUCCUAAUGCAUCACGCCAAUCGAGAUGCGCAAGACGACAAGGACGAAACACCACUCUUCCUUGCUGCUCGAGAGGGUUCCUACGAAGCGUGCAAAGCGCUGCUCGAUAAUUUUGCCAACCGUGAGAUCACGGAUCAUAUGGAUAGGUUGCCGCGAGACGUUGCCAGCGAGCGACUGCACCACGACAUUGUUCGGCUGUUGGACGAACACGUUCCACGAAGUCCACAAAUGAUCGCUGUGACACCCAACACAAUGAUCAGCUCUCCGCCGAGCAGCACACAACCCCAAAUGAUAACGCAGCCCACUGUGAUCGCGUCAGGUAAGCAGCCGAAAAGCAAAGCGAAGAAGCAAAAGCUUGCUGCGGGAUCACUAACUCCCACGUCACCAGAAGGUGAACUUGGCGGUAGCUUGCGAAGAAAAGCAAGUGUCAAGAAAAGUACUGCCAAAAAGGGUAGUGUGAAUAUGGGGGGUGUAAUAAAUACCCAAAUGCUAAGCGAACAACAGUUGAUAGACGCACAACUCAGCUCUGUUGAGUCGCCACCUGUAACGAGUCCGUAUGAUACUACAAGUCUGUAUUCAAACGCUAUGGCCGCCCACCAUCAGGUGGACCUGUUGGGCGGCAACAAACAGCCGCCCAGUUACGAAGAUUGCAUAAAAAAUGCGCAAUCGAUCCAAUCGCUGCAAAACAUGAACAACAUGGAGAACUACGGCUAUUCAAUGGGGUCCCCGUUUCAGGAUAUAAUGAAUGCCCAACGCGCGGCGAACGGACACAGCGUACAGAUGGGCGAGCAAGGACUUAGUCCGCCAUACUCGAACCAAUCGCCUCCGCAUUCAGUCCAAAGCAAUAUUGCGCUUUCACCGCAUGCUUAUCUCGGUUCGCCAUCACCAGCAAAAUCACGUCCAAGUCUGCCCACCUCGCCAACGCACAUCCAAGCGAUGCGACACGCUACCCAUCAAAAGCACGGCCCGCCACUGAGUGGAGGAGGCCAGGCUCUGGUGGCCCCAAACAGCAAUUCAUCGUCUUCGGCGUCGAGUUUUCAACAGUCGCCCAGUAGUAUGUCGCAACAAAAUUCACCCGUAAAACUUGGCCUGAUAUCGCCCACUGGGAGUGAUAUGGGCAUGAUGGUGCCACAACAGCAGCAACAACAGAACAGUGCAAUAAUGCCACAAUCUAUGCAGUUAGGGGGCUUAGAAUUCGGUUCAGCUGGCUUGGACUUGAAUGGAUUUUGUGGAUCUCCGGACUCAUUUUCUGGCCAAAUGAAUCCUCCAUCAAUACAAAGCUCAAAUUCGGGAUCCUCGCCCUCAAACAUGCUGUCGCCGUCAUCGCAACAUAAUGCGGCAUUUUACCAGUAUCUAACGCCGCCCAGCCAGCAUUCUGGUGGACACACCCCACAACACCUCGUCCAGACACUGGAUAGCUAUCCAACGCCGUCGCCGGAAUCUCCAGGUCACUGGUCAAGUGCAUCACCCCGGUCCACGUCCGACUGGUCGGAGGGCGUUCAGUCGCCACAAGGGCCCAACAACAUGUACAUGACUGCCGGCCACCAAGCUAACAAGGGUUCCGAGGCCAUAUACAUCUGACGAUCACAAGCAAAAGCAACAAACUAAAAGAUUCCUCAUACUUGCCUUUCUUUUUUUUUAAUUCUUCUCAAAAUCACUUCAUAUCAAAUCUCACUCGAAAUCCGUAAUUAAAACAAAACAAAACUUUGAAGCACAACUUCGACUGCCCUUGCAUGUUACAUAAACAAAUAUAUUAUAUAUUUUAUUUAUAUAUAUUAAAUAUUUUAAGUGUAAGUAAAGUCUAAAUAUAAACAAAAGAAAUAUUUAAGAUAAAAACUACAAAUUUGUAAAAACAAAACACGAGAAGACAAAAACGAAUAUAGCAUACAAACACCGUAGAAGUAGGGCGUUGAUAAAAUAAUAAUAAAUUCAUUUGUAAAAAGUAUCUCAUUUAAGUUAAAUAUUUUAAUAGUGUAAGUAAAUAUAUUUUUUUUAUUUUAUUUUAUUUAGUCGGGAAAUAUUUUCCCUGUUACAUUUUCCAUAGAAAAGAGUUGUUGUUUUUACUAAAAAGAAAAUGAGUAUAUCCAAACUAUAAGAACAUACUAUAUCAUCAUUUAAUUUUUUAUAGUAGUUAUAAAAGCAAUUAAUAUUUUAUAUAAACAAAUAGGCGUCCGUCGAAGGCACGUUUCAGAGAUUUAAAUAAAAUCCCCUUUUAAUAUCCUUCGUUAAAAAGAAUAAAACAACUUUUAA